UUAAAGAAGUCGCCCCAGGCUGCGGCGCGGGUGAUGUCAGCUCUCGACAAAAAUAGAGAGGGAUCGCCUGCAAAUCCCCAGCUCCGGCGGGGCUAAACCUUGCAAUCCCUCCCGGGCCGGCGCCGAGCCAGGGCACAGCGGCCUCCACCGCCUCCCCCAGCGCGCACACACCAGCACACGCGCACGCACGCACACACUCCCCCGCACUCCCGGUCUUCCCGGGUGUCCCAGGUGCCGGACACUCGCCGCACCAGUUUGCUCCGCGGUGAAGCACACACAGGUGGCGGCCGGGAGGCCGGGAACGCGUUCCUGCAGCUCUGCAGCCGAGGUGCUCCAGUAGGAGCCAGUGUAGGAUCCCCGCAGAGCCUCUCGGAGCACUGGCCGCGAGCCGCUCACGGGAACGCGGACCGCGCGUCGUGGAUUAGCGCCCGCAGCAGCCUCUCGCGCGCGCCGAGGCGCUAAAGGGCUUACCCAGGAGGGGGGUGCGAGGGCGGGGAGAGGCUGCCCGUUAAAUACCGCUCCCCGCCGCACUCCAGGCUCACCCAGCUCGCCGCCACCGUUGCCAGACCGUGCCCGGGAGGAGGGGGCGUUCCCCACGCCAUGGCAUCAACGGAAGGUGCCAACAAUAUGCCCAAACAGGUGGAAGUGCGCAUGCACGACAGCCACCUCAGCUCCGAGGAGCCUAAGCACCGAAACCUGGGCCUGCGCAUGUGCGACAAGCUGGGGAAGAACCUCCUGCUCUCUCUGACGGUGUUUGGUGUCAUCCUGGGGGCGGUAUGUGGCGGGCUGCUCCGUCUGGCGUCUCCCAUCCACCCUGAUGUGGUCAUGUUGAUAGCCUUCCCGGGGGACAUCCUCAUGAGGAUGCUGAAGAUGCUCAUCCUCCCCCUCAUCAUCUCCAGUCUAAUCACAGGGUUGUCAGGCCUGGAUGCUAAAGCCAGCGGCCGCCUAGGUACAAGAGCCAUGGUAUAUUACAUGUCCACGACCAUCAUUGCCGCUGUGCUGGGAGUCAUCCUGGUAUUGGCCAUCCACCCUGGUAAUCCCAAACUCAAGAAGCAGCUGGGGCCUGGGAAGAAGAAUGACGAGGUGUCUAGCCUGGACGCCUUCCUGGAUCUCAUUAGAAAUCUCUUCCCAGAGAACCUGGUGCAAGCAUGUUUCCAACAGAUUCAGACUGUGACAAAGAAAGUCCUGGUGACACCUCAGGCCGAGGAGGCCAAUACAACCAAGGCGGUCAUCUCCAUGUUGAAUGAAACCAUGAACGAGGCCCCCGAAGAAACUAAGAUCAUUAUAAAGAAGGGCCUGGAGUUCAAAGACGGGAUGAAUGUCUUGGGUCUGAUAGGGUUCUUCAUUGCUUUCGGCAUUGCCAUGGGGAAGAUGGGCGAGCAGGCCAAACUGAUGGUGGAGUUCUUCAACAUCCUCAAUGAGAUCGUGAUGAAGUUAGUGAUCAUGAUCAUGUGGUACUCCCCGCUGGGUAUUGCCUGCCUGAUCUGUGGGAAGAUCAUCGCCAUCAAGGACUUAGAAGUGGUUGCUAGGCAACUGGGGAUGUACAUGAUCACAGUGAUCGUGGGCCUCAUCAUCCACGGGGGCAUCUUCCUCCCCUUGAUUUACUUUGUAGUGACCAGAAAAAACCCGUUCUCCUUUUUUGCUGGUAUUUUCCAAGCCUGGAUCACGGCCCUGGGAACAGCUUCCAGUGCUGGGACUUUGCCUGUCACCUUCCGUUGCUUGGAAGAAAAUCUAGGGAUUGAUAAGCGUGUGACCAGGUUUGUCCUCCCGGUUGGAGCAACCAUUAACAUGGAUGGUACAGCCCUUUACGAAGCCGUGGCCGCCAUCUUCAUAGCCCAGAUGAACGGUGUCGUCCUGGACGGAGGGCAGAUUGUGACCGUAAGCCUCACAGCUACCCUGGCGAGCAUCGGUGCAGCCAGUAUUCCCAGUGCCGGCUUGGUCACCAUGCUCCUCAUCCUAACAGCCGUGGGCCUGCCAACGGAGGAUAUCAGUCUGCUGGUGGCGGUGGACUGGCUCUUGGACAGGAUGAGAACUUCAGUCAACGUUGUGGGUGAUUCUUUUGGGGCUGGGAUCGUCCAUCACCUCUCCAAGUCUGAGCUGGAUACCAUCGACUCCCAACACCGAAUGCAUGAAGACAUUGAAAUGACCAAGACGCAGUCCAUUUACGACGACACGAAGAACCACAGGGAAAGCAACUCUAAUCAGUGUGUCUAUGCUGCACACAACUCUGUCAUAAUAGAUGAGUGCAAGGUAACUCUGGCGGCCAAUGGAAAGUCAGCUGACUGCAGUGUUGAAGAAGAGCCUUGGAAACGUGAAAAAUAAUGACCUGACUCUCAGCCAAUUCUUGAAUAAACUCCCCAGCGUAUCUUAUGGUAAAAGAUGCUCUAAACAGGUUUCCUUUGCAAAAGGAAAAAUGCAUAUAUUUCUAUGUUUACUUAAUCUGUUAGCCGAGGCUUAGAGGAGUUGUUGUGCACCGUGAUGACAGGCACCGUGCUGUGUCUUUGCCAAAUAAUGCUUCCUAACUGUCUAAUUUUCUUACUUGUGUUAUGUCUGGAUGGUUGCUGCUGGAGAAACCACUUUGAACAGAAGACACGUUCUCGCAAGCUUCCCUGUGUCUCGAUGCAGACCUGUGUAUGCUGUUUCCCCAGGGAGACAGGACGAAGGCAGUGUGGUAUACGCCAGGGACUGGAGACAGUGAGCACACCCAGUAUGGUAUUCCUUAAAGUGUUCAUGGCUCACCUUGUUCUGCACUAAAGAUUCUGCUAGAAGCUUCUAGAAAUUCCUCCUCUCCAACCUGUAGAGUCAGCACCUGCGUUGAUCGGAAGCAUCUGUUGUAGGGAACUCUGACGACUUACAAUUUGUUUACUGUCUAAGUUAAAUAUUUCAGAGUUUCAGUGGGUGCCCAUACUCUUGGAAGGCAGGUGAUUGAUCAUGGAGCCCAUCACAGCUGCUCUGCCUUUCGUGUGUGUGUGUGUGUGUGUGUGUAUGUGAAAAUGAAAAAUGGGGAAUUUAAAAUUUGAAAAUGAACUAGGAAUUAUCUGCAUAUAACUACUGUAUACCUUGAGAAAAGUAAAAGAACAUAGUCAACAAUCUAACUUUUAACCAGACUUAAAUAUUCAAGCACACUGGUUUGACUUGCAUUCAGAUAGUAGAGUGACAUUGUGUGAUUGUCUGAUCUGUUUCUAUUGUUCCACACAUAAAAUUCUCAUUUGAGUUCCUAACAAAAAGAUUUUCAAAAUCCAAAUUGCUUCCAUCACAUUCUCAUCCAUCUACAUUGCUGAGCAUUUUAGCUUCCUCGCACAGAGGGACACAUGUUGACUAUGCCUCUUUUCAUAUCAUUUUGAUAUAUAAUAUGUCGAAAGUGUUCCAUUUUAUAAAGGGCCUGAAAACCAUCCCAAGACACAAAAGCAUUCUUCCUCUUCAGUGAGAAAGGGACAGCAAGCCAACCUCUCUAUAAAAUCCUAUAGGUGAUAUUCCCAUGACAGAGUGCAGGCAGUCUCAAACCAUCAAGUAGGGACAAAGAAUGACUCACACAACCUCCCAGAUAGAAUCCUUUCCAAGGGCUGUGAAAGUCUGAAGGAAGAAAUAAUAUAAUUGGCGCAGCAUGGUGGUUUGCCUGUGAUAUGCAGCCAAUGAAUCCUUAAUGAUCGGUUGUGCAAGCUAAAAUUCUGAAUGUCUCCACUAUUAUCUUCUGAUGAAUAACCCACAGUAUUUUCCUAAGAUUCCUGGGUUUAGGGGUUAGCUGGGAACUUGAGUAACUGAGAAACAGAAUACAUUUGACUCUAAAGAGCUGAUGGAACCUGGUCCAUAGAUCAGAGAACAUGUGUCUUCCUAGGCAAGUAGAGCUGGGGAGACUUUCAUAAAUAAUAUAGUAGGAUACAGUGUCUCUGAUAAAGGGUGCUGUGACAUUGCCUCUCCUUUGAGUCUCUCUUGUGACUUCUGUCCUUCAAAUCAGACAGCUUGAAAACAUACAAAAGACAAGAGAUUCCUGGGUUUUGUUUUGUUUUAUUUUGUUUUAAUCUCAUAAACCUUAAUUGUUUUCAAACAGGGACCACCAUGGAGCAGUAUUAACUGAAUUAUUAUAAUUUUUUGGUUUGUUUUUUGGCUUUUGAAACAAGGUCUUGCUAUGUAGCCCAGGCUAGCUUCAAACUCACAGUCUUCCUGCUCAGCCUCAGUUCUGAGAUUAUAGAUGGGCACCAGCGUCUCUGCUGGCAGAUGGUUCCUGAGUGCUGUUUGUUUUCGCCUUCAUUUGAAGGACAGCUAGCAGGGUAGCCAUGACAGGCAAUGAAUCCCUUAUAGAAGACAAGAGGGACCAAGCUGACAGUCUUUGGUGUAGCUGUGGAACUAUUCUAGAUAGCCUGAAAGUGGCACCCACUACUCCCGUAGGAAACACUUUCCUAUCUGUGUAGAUGUAUCUAGGGAAGGCAUCCAGGAGCAUCCUGGGUUUUGCUAUGUGUGUUGGAGGAGGUCUUUCCAUACAAUGGUUCUUCCCAGAUGGAAGGCCAUCUCGUUACUUAUACAUUGACCUUUUCUCGAAAGCAGUCACAUGAUGACAAUGUGUGCUGUUGCUUCAUAGUCUGCCUGAAAACCUUUCUAGUUUGUUUUGUCUUCAGCUUGUCUCUAGCUGUCCCAUUAACCUCUGUCAGAGGGCAGUGUUUUUAGGAGAGCCAAGGGACACUGCUUCCCUAGUCGGGUUUUACUGGUUUCAGAUUACAUACCUGGUCUCACAAGAAUUGUAGAUCUGAAUGUCCAAUCUCUUAUAUGUAGUUCUCUCUCUCUCUCUCUCUCUCUCUCUCUCUCUCUCUCUCUCUCUCUCACUCUUUUUCUCUCAAACACACACACACACACACACACACACACACACAUACACAUACUGAAUGUGACACUGUGUGUACACUAACUCCAGGGAGAUUUGUAUUUUGGGGCUUUGGUGGCCCUAUUACUUAAAUGGAUUCAGUUGUUACUUCUUAGGAAACAAAAUUAUUUCAGAAGCAAACCAACCAAGCAGACAUUCAGCCUUGCAUUUCUCAUCCUUUCCCUUUGAGAAGCAAGAAGAAUUAUUAUUCAGCUAUUGAGUAAAACCCAGCAAAGUCAAUCUAGUCAGUGAAUAAGAUGGUUGUUUUGAAGGUGAUGCUUAACCUUAGAUUUCUGAGGGUGGCCUCUCCAUAUACAGUCAUCAGAAUAUAAGCACACAAAACCCCAGGAAAGGCCUGGAGGUGAUUUUAGGACCACACGGUCACAACCAGAUUCUGUUUUUUUACUUCCUGUUCAGUAUAGCAAAAAGCCUGUGUGGCCUCAUUGCCUGUAGAAGUUUUCAUUCUCCAUAAAAGACAAAUGGCCUUUUUUCUCUCUCUGGUCGGCUUGGACAGUCAGAGUGAAGGCUACCGAAAUGUCCCUGGAGGAAAACUAAGAAAGUAGAGAAGUGGGAAGGAAGGAUUCAGUGCGGGGGACAAUUUCUGCGAGGGAUGCUGGGAAUCUCAGCGGUCAGCUGACUAGGUCUCGAGUAAUUACCUGUGGUGGCUGGAAAAUCAUGCCACAUGCAGGUAGAAUUAUCUAGAGGCCCUCUCUCACUGAGAGAUUGGGAAACUUAUCGCCAGGGUCCUCAGGAAAAAAAAAUCCUGCCUUGUUUUUGCAAAUAAUCUCUCGUUUGUCCUCCAAAGCAAAUUACUGUAAUUUUUCAGUUUUGUCAGGAUCCAGGCUCUUGCCUUUGCGCUAUUUCUCUCCUGCAGCAGAGCCAUAAAUCCAAACAGGAGUUCCCACACUUGUGACUCGGGUAGACAAGUCUGAGCAACUCUGACCUUUGAUGACGGAGACUGCAGCAGUUACACCCCAGGGGCAGCUCGCCCAGCUUCUGCUCUCUGUCUUCGGCUUCACACUUUUGCUUAUUUUCCGGCCCAACUCAUUAUAAGCCGAGAAGAAGGUCAGAUGGGAUUUUCCAGUAUUGGGAUACUUACGGGACCCCAGAGCCCAAGGACCGUAAGAAGAUAAAAUGUCUCAAGUGAGGGUUUCCUAAAUCAAGUUGUCACUGAAUAUCCAUGGUCUUGGCAUCUGUAGAAAUUUCUGGCUAAACCCAAAAGAAGGGUCACUGCAUGCCAACCAAGCCAGGCGGCAAAGGUGACAGCUAUCUUUCCGUGGGUGGAGUGAUAUAAAAUCUGCUCAAAAACACCAGUCAGUUUAGGAAUUUCCCUAAAACUCUCUUCCCAGUUCACUGCUCUCUUCCUUCCAUCCCAUUGCUCAACAGUCAGGGUGGGAAAUGGCCAUGUAGUUAUGCGGGGGUUGGUCGGGGAGGAGACAGCAGAUCUUAACUGAGUAAUAUCUAGUCUCACUGCCUAAACCAUAAUUAGCCAACGGCACAGGGUUGCUUAAAAACAACGUGGUUUGGGAGAGGAAACAUUUGAUUUAGACACUGCCCCCUUGUAGCUGGGCGGCUUACACAGGCCACUGUCCGCGCUUCUCUUGCUUCUGCUUCCGUAUGAGAAGGGAAGGGAUUGGACCAAAUGACUCAAGUCUCCCUCUAGCUCUGGGUAUGCAUUUUUCUGAUGUCUGCUUUACUUCCAUCCUCAGAGGCUUCCUGGUCUAAAACAUGGCUUAUCUGCAUUUUAAGUUGUAAAAACCCACAAUAAUGAAUAAUCGGUUUAGAUGGUUUUCUUCCCCCAUUCCCUUUAGGCGACUCUAGCUCAAGCCUCUUUUCAUCCCAUGCUGUACAACAAGCUUGGAGAGCGGCCAUUUUAACCCAUAGUUUAACCCACAGUAAUUUCUUCUGGAAAGGUUCCUUUAAUCUGAACUCACUGUUCUCACAGGAGCGGCGGUUCUGCCCAGGGAAAUGCUCUGCCGAGUCACCGUGAGGGACCAGGCACCUCACAGAUGCUCUUGGGCUCUUGCAUCACGCCUGCUGUGGCAACAGAGCCCACUCCCAAUACUCAGCCCACACCAUUUUCCCCAAACAGCCCUAAUUGCCAAACCUGUGUGGGAGCUUGGGAGGCUCUGGCAAACAAGCUUGAACACUCCUGACAUUUGGUGCGAGAGUCACACAACCACAGCAACCGUCCCUACGUACCUUUCCCUCCACAUGUGUGGAGGCAUGUACAUCCAUUCCUGAGCCGGUGAGCCGCGCCUUUCCUCCAGAGGGAUGUGCAGGCGGAUUUGAUUGAUUUCAUUCUAAAGUUUUCCUCUUGGUUUGCUUGCAUAACGGACAGAACAUCGUAGGAACAGACACUGUCACUUAUAAGAGGGGAGUUUUCCAGUUUGCUCGAGCCCUUUCCUGUGCCCACAGAGUCUCUAGUUAGGAUGUUGCAAGGCUGCUUACCCUCUCCGGUUCUGUUGUAAUAGGCCAUAGCUUGCAUGUUUACCCUCUGACCAAAUUUAUGCCAGAGUGGAGUUGAUAUGUCCCGUGCGGUGGACAUCGUUCUUGCUGGAAAAGAUUUCAGCUCUUCAGAUUUGGAAGCGCAAGAUGGAAAACCAGUUCUAAAAGGGUUACUUUUUGCAGGUGGUAGUGAUGGUGGUUGGGUGUCCCAUGUCCAUCCUUGUGCUCCCCCACCGUGUCGUGUCCCACUCCCCAUCCCCCUAACCCGCACACCCCCGCCUUGUGGUGGCAGAAGACCAGGAGUAGAGAAGAAAGAUAAUAAAGAAAAUGUUUCUUAACUGACCCACUUGGGGUCACUGUUGAAAAGUGAGAGAUAAGGUUCCUGGGGAAUAAGGUUCACACUACCACCCAGAAUCAUUUCCCAUCAGCAUUUUUUUUUCCUAUGCCAUCUCCCAGUCUUGUUUUAUUAUUUAUCCUGUGAGCCAGUUACCUAUUUGGGUAUUUUUAGAAGUCUUUCUGGUUGUAUUUUGAGGGGUUUCUGUGCUGAGAACAAAAUCUACUGUUGGAACAGGCCUGUCCUCUGCAGAGUCAGCACGUGACCUAGACAGU